CGCACACAUAUAUACACGCCCUCCACCCCCAUCGCUGCAGUGUCUCAACUGCCUUGGAGCAAACAAGAGAGGAUAUAGAACGCAGACGUUAAUAAGACAGAAAGAGGGGCACUGAAAGAGAGAGAGAGAGAUAUGUACAUGAGUGUGUGUGACCCUGUGAAUAUGACAAAGAUAUGAAGAUGAAGCAGCAGGACUAAAGGUGGAUUGCACAGAGCCUUUCUCUCCCUGCAAGGGCUUGUCUGCAGUAUCCUUUGUAAAUGGAUGCUUGCUUGUGAACACGACUCGGAGGCCUUCAGUUGCUAAGGAGAUAUCCCACCACAGAAGAAGCAAAAAAGAUUUCAUCAGAAAGCUCAAGCAAAACAAGCCAAUGACGAACUGAGGUAGAUGGUUGCAGAAGCUACACAAAGGCAACGUACCAAAAGAGCCAUGUGGGAGGAGAGUAAAGCGGUUUUGCUAUUCGCACGCAUCAAGCCCUAAUACUUUGUCUACUGAUAUACGCUUAACGUUCCCCAGGCCUCUUCCAGAGCUUCUCCUCAGAGGGAGCCCCUGCUAUGAACCCCAGCUCUGUUGGCUUCAGCAGGCAGUCCAACCUCAGUGCCAGGCGCUGUGUGGGCAUCCCACAAGUCUGGGUUCUGCCCACACAGGACUCACAGACUGCCCCUGAACAAAAAGAACGAAAUACUCCUGAGUCACUCCUCUGUGUGGUGGCUCUCCUGUCUAGUGUUAAAUUGGUCUGUUGUGAAGUUUUAUCUGCUUCUUCACCAGCAAGUUUAGUUAAAAGCCUUUCCAACUCUUCUACCAACUCCUUUUAGGUCACCACUUUGUUAUAAUUUGCUUUCCCAUCAAGCAGCAGAACGAGUUCCUUUGUGUUCACCACGUGGAGGAGGACCAUGGGAUGCCGUCAGAGCUCGGAGGAGAAGGAAGCGGCGCGGCGCUCGCGGCGAAUCGACCGCCACUUGCGCUCAGAAAGUCAGCGGCAGCGGCGUGAGAUCAAGCUACUGUUGCUGGGCACCAGCAACUCAGGCAAGAGCACCAUUGUCAAGCAGAUGAAGAUCAUCCACAGUGGAGGCUUCAACCUGGACGCCUGCAAGGAGUACAAGCCCCUCAUCCUGUACAAUGCCAUCGACUCGCUCACCCGCAUCAUCCGCGCCCUCACCACUCUCAAGAUCGACUUUCACAACCCUGAUCGCGCCUACGAUGCUGUGCAGCUCUUUGCCCUCACAGGGCCGGCUGAGAGCAAAGGGGAGAUCACUCUGGAGUUGCAGGGGGUCAUGAAACGUCUGUGGGCUGACUCAGGGGUCCAGGAGUGCUUUCAACGAUCCAACGAGUACCACUUAGAGGACAACACUGCCUACUAUCUGAAUGACCUGGACCGCAUCUCUGCUCUUGAGUUCAUCCCAACUGUAGAGGACAUCCUACGGUCCCGCGACAUGACCACAGGCAUUGUGGAAAACAAGUUCACCUUCAAGGAACUCACCUUCAAGAUGGUAGACGUGGGUGGACAGCGUUCGGAGAGAAAGAAGUGGAUCCACUGCUUCGAGGGCGUGACUGCAAUCAUUUUCUGUGUCGAGCUAAGUGGCUAUGACCUCAAACUCUAUGAGGACAACCAGAUGAGCCGCAUGGCCGAGAGCUUGCGCCUGUUCGACUCCAUUUGCAACAACAAUUGGUUCACCAACACGUCGCUCAUCCUCUUCCUCAACAAGAAGGACCUGUUGGCUGAGAAGAUCAAACGCAUUCCGCUGACAGUGUGCUUCCCUGACUACAAAGGUCAGAACACCUAUGAGGAGGCAGCUGUCUAUGUGCAACGGCAGUUUGAGGACCUCAACCGCAACAAGGAGACCAAGGAGAUCUAUUCGCACUUCACCUGUGCCACUGACACCAGCAACAUCCAGUUUGUGUUCGACGCUGUCACGGACGUGAUCAUCCAGAACAAUCUCAAAUACAUUGGGCUAUGCUAGGACCUGAUGCUGGGGGGGGGGAGCAUCAGGCUGGAUAAACAAAAGGCCUGCCGGUCUGCCUGACAGUUUAUCUAUUUGAAGAGGUGCAACAGAGACCUGCAAAGGAAAUGAGGUAGUAAGAUGUUUCAGGUGAAAACAAAAGAGCUGAUGGGCCAUGGUCAAGAUGGGAUUUUUACCCAAUGUGUUUGCACUGAAUAUGAGUAUGCAGAGACACCCAAACACACACACACGCACGCACACACACACACACACACACACACACACACCAACACAAAUCCUUAUGUUUGCUCACACACAAUACCUUUGGAUCAACAGUCAAGCACUUGUUCGACAAGGCAACACUGAUAAAUUUAAGACAGCUACCCCUACCUGCCUGCCAAACCUGAGGUAGUAGGUCUGUACUGGUGGUUUUCGGUUACUUUUGUCUCCUUUAUUUUAUUUGCCAGAGUCAAUUAAUGCUGCUUCACAAGAAGAAUUUUGACAGAAUCAAUGUUCUCUUUUGGAUCUUCGCCCUUACAAUGGUAACCAGUGAGUGCAUCUGAUGAGACGUGGGGAGAGCCUGCAUUUUUGAGGACAAAAAAAAAAUGUCAGUAGACAUGAUGUCACAGGGUUUCUGCCUAAAAGAGGAAACUGCCACAGUGUAAAGCUGAAGUGAAAUAUGUUUUCUACACACUAUUUCUGUUUUGCCCCCUGGUCGCCUCUCUGAUGUUGUUUUUUUCCCCUCUUUCUUUUAUCGUUUCUUUGUGCUUUAAAAAAAGAAUAUGUCUCUCAAACCUACCUUUUAUAGCAGGUCACUGACUUAUAAUACCAGGAGAGUGUUAUGCUCAGUAAAGUCAAAAGUAUUCUUUAUGAUCAUUCCAGUUUCCAGCAAGAGACAACAAAAACAGUGCCAAGAUCAAUUUGUAAAUAAAACCAGAUCCCAUUCAUUACGGCCAUUUUUGUUUUGUUUGUAUGGACAAAUACAUUAAAACAUGCAUGAUUUUGUUACUUUGGGAUACUAAUAUAUUUUCUUUGGGAUUACGUUCCACUUUUCUUAGGUUUAAAUAAUAUAUUCCCAAAAAUAUAUAUAAAAGUCAAACACUGUGUACGAUUGUACAGUUGUCAGAGAGGAAUCUACUGAAAAGAGUUAUAUCAAUAUAAUAAUGGUGAAUAUGAUGUUAUGAUGAUGAAAAAGCUGACUGAUGAUGAUGAUGAUAGUGGUGAUGAUUACAAUAAUGUCUCACUACAAAGUUAGCGUGAGAGGAGAACGUGGAUCAAAGGAGAACAAGACUGUAUAAAAACAUGAAAACGAAGAAGCAAAUCUUGAAAGUUCAAUCUUCCUUGCAUUAUCUAAGUGGAAAUUGUUAAACAGCCAGUCAGUAUGAUGUGUAAAUAUACUGUAAGGUACACUCUUUGUUCAAACAAAUGAAAAUACAGGUUGAGUUGGGAUACUGUAAGUGAGAUAUAGAGAGAGCGAGAGAAAGAGAAGGAGGACAACCCCACUCUACUCCUCCUCUUACCCUUUCUUUUCAGUUCAGAGGGUGAUGUGCAAACAACUCAACAAAGGGCUUCAGGCUUGACUUUACGGGAUGUCCACUUCAACAAAAGACAAAACAUUUAAAAAAGAAGUAUAAAGAGGACAAUAACUAUGAAUAAAACAACUUAUGCAAAUUUC